CGCACUGCGAGCCUGGGAGCCGCUCCGAGCAUCACCGCAGCGCCCGGCCCGACCCGACCCGGCCCAGCCCGACCCAACCUGGUCCAGCCCAGCCCGACCCGGUCCAGCCCAGGCCGACCCGACCCGGUCCAGCCCAGCCCAGCCCAGCCCGACCCAGUCCAGCCCGGUCCAGCCCGGUCCAGCCAUGACCGAGGCCGCCAACGAGUGCAGCAUCAAGGUGCUCUGCCGGUUCCGGCCGCUCAACCAGGCCGAGAUCCUGCGCGGGGACCGGUUCCUGCCCGUCUUCCAGGGGGACGACAGCGUGGUCCUGGGGGGCAAGCCCUAUGUCUUCGACCGCGUCUUCCCCCCCAACACCACGCAGGAGCAGGUUUACCACGCGUGCGCCAUGCAGAUCGUCAAGGACGUGCUGGCUGGGUACAACGGCACCAUCUUCGCCUACGGGCAGACCUCGUCAGGGAAGACCCACACCAUGGAGGGGAAGCUCCAUGACCCGCAGCAGAUGGGCAUCAUCCCCCGCAUCGCCCGCGACAUCUUCAACCACAUCUACGCCAUGGACGAGAACCUCGAGUUCCACAUCAAGGUUUCCUACUUUGAGAUCUACCUGGACAAAAUCCGGGACCUGCUGGAUGUGACCAAGACCAAUUUGUCGGUGCAUGAGGACAAGAACCGGGUGCCCUAUGUCAAGGGCUGCACCGAGCGCUUUGUGUCCAGCCCUGAGGAAAUCCUAGAUGUGAUCGAUGAGGGCAAGUCCAACCGCCACGUGGCUGUCACCAACAUGAACGAGCACAGCUCACGCAGCCACAGCAUCUUCCUCAUCAACAUCAAGCAGGAGAACGUGGAGACGGAGCAGAAGCUCAGCGGGAAGCUCUACCUGGUCGACCUGGCCGGCAGCGAGAAGGUCAGCAAGACGGGGGCUGAGGGGGCCGUGCUGGAUGAGGCCAAGAACAUCAACAAGUCGCUGUCGGCGCUCGGGAACGUCAUCUCAGCCCUGGCCGAGGGCACGAAGGCCUACGUGCCUUACCGGGACAGCAAGAUGACGCGGAUCCUGCAGGACUCGUUGGGUGGGAAUUGCCGCACAACCAUGUUCAUCUGCUGUUCCCCGUCCAGCUACAACGAUGCCGAGACCAAGUCCACCCUCAUGUUUGGCCAGCGGGCCAAGACCAUCAAGAACACAGCAUCGGUGAACCUGGAGCUGACGGCAGAGCAGUGGAAGAAGAAGUAUGAGAAGGAGAAGGAGAAGAACAAGACGCUGAAGGAAACUGUGGGCAAGCUGGAGACUGAGCUCAGCCGCUGGCGCAGUGGGGAGAACGUGCCAGAGACGGAGCAGCUGAGUGAGGAGGAGGCCACGCCGGAGCCAGAGGUUGCAGAUGAAACCGGGACGGAGACCGGGACCGGGGUGGAGGAACCGGGGCUGGACAACAGGAACGGGGUGGUGCCAGCGACCGCCACUUCACUGGUGGUACGCAUCGCCGACGAUGAGCGGCGCAAGUACGAGGAGCAGAUCCGGCGCCUCUACCGCCAGCUGGAUGACAAGGACGAGGAGAUCAACCAGCAGAGCCAGCUCCUGGAGAAGCUCAAGCAGCAGAUGCUGGACCAGGAGGAGCUGCUAGUGUCAACACGCGGGGACGGGGAGCGGGUGCAGCGGGAGCUGGGGCGGCUGCAGGCCGAGAACGAGGCAGCCAAGGCGGAGGUGCGUGAGGUGCUGCAGGCGCUGGAGGAGCUGGCACUCAGCUACGACCAGAAGGCGCAGGAGGCGGCCGACAGCGGGCAGCAGAACCAGCGCCUGCUGGACGAGCUGGCCCAGAAAGUGGCUGCCACACUGUCGCUGGAGACGGAGCUGCAGCGGCUGCAGGACCUGGGCGCGCAGCAGCGCAAGAGGGCGGCUGAGGUGCUCAAUGGGCUCAUGAAGGACCUGAGCGAGUUCAGCCUCAUCGUGGGCAACGGCGAGAUCAAGCUGCCGGUGGAGGUGAGCGGGGCCAUCGAGGAGGAGUUUGCCGUGGCGCGGCUCUACAUCAGCAAGAUCAAGUCGGAGGUGAAGUCGGUGGUGAAGCGGUGCCGGCAGCUCGAGGGGCUGCAGCUUGAGUGCCACCGCAAGAUGGAGGUCACCGCCCGCGAGCUCUCCGCCUGCCAGCUGCUCAUCUCCCAGCACGAGGCCAAGAUCCGGUCGCUGACCGAGUACAUGCAGAGCGUGGAGCUGAAGAAGCGGCACCUGGAGGACUCCUACGACAACCUCAGCGAGGAGCUGGCCCGGCUGCAGGCCCAAGAGACGGCACAUGAGAAGGAGAAGGAGCAGGACAUCGCCCAGGACAAGGAGGAUGCCAAGGGCGCGGUGGAGCUGCAGCUGGAGUGCCAGCGCGAGGCCCAUCACAAGCAGCUGGCGCGGUUGCGCGACGAGAUCAACGAGAAGCAGAAGGUCAUCGACGAGCUCAAGGACCUGAACCAGAAGCUGGAGCUGGAGCUGGAGAAGCUUCGCGCCGACUACGAGAAGCUCAAGAGCGAGGAGCAGGAGAAGGCUGGGCGGCUGCAGGAGCUGACAUUUCUGUACGAGCGCCAUGAGCAGUCCAAGCAGGACCUCAAGGGGCUGGAGGAGACCGUGGCCCGUGAGCUCCAGACCCUUCACAACCUUCGCAAGCUGUUCGUUCAAGACGUCACGACUCGAGUCAAGAAAAGCGCGGAGAUGGAGCCCGAGGACAGUGGGGGGCCCCACUCCCAGAAGCAGAAGAUUUCCUUUCUUGAGAACAACCUGGAGCAGCUUACAAAGGUUCACAAGCAGCUGGAUCUCUGGGUCUCCAAGCUGGUUCGUGACAAUGCAGAUCUGCGCUGCGAGCUUCCAAAGCUGGAGAAACGACUUCGCGCUACGGCUGAGCGAGUCCGGGCCCUGGAGGGCGCAUUGAGGGAGGCCAAGGAGGGUGCCAUGAAGGACAAGCGCCGCUACCAGCAGGAGGUCGACCGCAUCAAGGAGGCCGUGCGCUACAAGGGUGCCACCCGGCGUGGCCACAACGCCCACAUCGCCAAGCCGGUGCGGCCAGGGCACUUCCCCGUGGCGUCGCCCACCAGCCCCUUCGGGCGCCACCCCGAGUGUGUCAGCUACAGUAACAGCCUCUUCCAGAGCUACCAGCCUGGCGCUCCCCCCAGCACCACCGCCGACGCCUACUUUGCCAGCGUCUCCUCAGGCAGCUCCAGCUCCGCCAGCGCCACCUUGGCCGCCUACCAGCAGCUCAACGUGGAUAAUGGGAACGCCACAGACAUCAAUGACAACAGAAGCGACCUGCCGUGCGGCUGUGAGGCCGAGGAGCAGGCCAAGCUCUUCCCCCUGCACCAGGAGGCAGCAGCGAGCUAAUGGCGCUAGGUCCCCACCAGCCGAGGCCUCCGCAUGCCGCCACUGCUGCCGUGUCCUGUGUCCUGCUCCGUGUCCCGUGUCGUGUCCGGCUGCUGCUCACGCUCGCUCUGCGCCCCCACCCCCACACGGCGCGGCUGGGGGGGCAGCCCCUGGUGGGGUGAGGGGGGCAUGGGGGCUGUGCCUGGCCUGGAAGCGGGCACCAUGGGAGCCCCCUACCCCCCCUCGGCCCCCCUUGAUUUAUCAAUGCCUUAAGCAGACGUCAUGGUGAAUGUCCAGGGCUGGAUCAGGCCCCCCACCCCAAUUCCCCACCCCCCACUUGGGGUGUCUCAAUGUGGGGGGGGCUGCCACCUUGAUUCUCCUUGACUUCUCCCCCCCAAGGGAGCUUAGGGGGGCUGGGAAGGUCCCUGGAGCUCGGGGGGGGGCAACCCCCCCAUUCUGAAUUAUCCUGGGGGGGUCCAAUCCCUGGUUUAACACGAGGCUCGAACCCUCAACGCUUGAAGCUGCUACAUCCCCGUCACCCCGAGCGCCCCCCACCCCGGGCUGCGCUCCCUGUGUGUCCCCCAUCCUGUCGCCACUUCCGAUUCACCCAGAGCAGAGCUGGGGGGUGGUUGGGGGGGGGGGGUCAUCUCCAGGCCCUGGGCAUGAGCAGACCCGGGGCCCAGCUCCCCCUUGCUCUCCCCCCCCACCGCCGGCCCGUGUGCUGGGAUCACACCAAAUGUUGCAUGUUGGACUCCCACGAGUGUUUAUUUAAGCAGGAAUUAUAAUCGUUGUCACCGUCAUAGUACACCAAUAAAGGAAACCAGUCGAACAGCC